CCAAAAACUAAACAACCAACAUAUGAUUCCUUUCAUAUAUGCAUGUUAUUGUUUUUUGGUGCUAUAAAUAUGAGACAUAAGUUUCAUCAGUUGUAAAGAAAAAUGGCUUUAAAGAUUGAGACUAUCCUUCUUGUCAUUGUUUUUGGUGCAAUUCUUUUGGAAGGAAAUCUGAAAAUUGUUGAUGGUUGCCCCCAAUUUUGCUAUGAUGAUUCUGCAUAUAUGAUCUGUCCUUCUUCAGGAAAUCAACACCUCAGUCCAUCAUGCAACUGUUGUUUUGCAUCCAAAGGUUGUACAAUUUACAAAGCAGAUGGAACUUCUCUUUGUACUAAGAAUUGAAAUAUAUGUGCAUGUGAUGUGAAUGUCUUUUCACGUAAAGAAAGAUCAUUCUUCUAAAUUUCAAUAAAUAUGAAUAAUUUGUAUCAUAAAAAAAAUUAUAAUAAGUUAUUAUAAUAUGAAAAAUACAACACUUGUAAGGUUAAAUUUCAAUAUUUCAUAUAUUUUCAAUCACAAUUAAAUUUUAGAAAGAAA